CCACAGGUCCCUCAAUCACACCAGAUCAACUCAUAACACAAGAAAAAAAAAAGUGAUUAUUGCGCCGUCUUGUGUCACUUCAAGGGUAGUUGCAAGAAACUUGCAACUAAUACCUGCUUUAUACUCAGAGACUGCAGUGGCGAGAUUACGUAGCCCACCGGAUGAUUUGAUCAGGCCGAUAAGUGAGACCGUUCUUCAGAAGGAGACGUUGAAGGACCACCGUCCUGCUCCCAGUAUCACCUGCCGUCCCACUGUCGAAAUGGACCAGAACACACACCGCCUGCAAUGUCUGCCAUGUAGCUCGGACAUCAAAUGACUCCGGACGUUUCCAGCACUGGGGUUGGACUGAAAGAACUGAACAACCUGACUUCAUGCUCCGGACUGGCACGGGAUGCGCAGUGGUAUUGAAAUUUGACAUUCUGUUCGCACCGUUUAAAUCUUUUCUUUUCAAAAUCGGUCGGUGGACGCGUUUUUUUUUACAGCACUAUGGGAUGUACGGUGAGCUCCGAAGAUAAAUCUGCUGCGGAGAGAUCCAAAAUGAUUGAUAAAAACCUCCGGGAGGACGGGGAGAAGGCUGCUAGGGAAGUCAAACUGCUGCUUUUGGGUGCGGGCGAGUCAGGGAAGAGCACCAUCGUGAAGCAGAUGAAGAUCAUUCAUGAAGACGGCUAUUCAGAAGACGAGUGUAAACAGUACAGAGCAGUGGUCUACAGUAACACCAUUCACUCUCUGAUGGCCAUUGUUAAAGCAAUGACCACUCUCAAGAUUGACUAUGGGGACACUGCAAGGGAGGACGACGCGCGGCAGGUGUUUGUGCUGUGCGCCGAGGCGGAGGAGCACGCCGUCCUGCCCGAGGACCUGUCCCGCGUCAUGAGGCGCCUGUGGGCCGACCGCGGCGUCCAACGCUGCUUCACCCGCUCGCGGGAGUACCAGCUCAACGACUCGGCCGCCUACUACCUGAACGACCUGGAAAGGAUAGCCAAGGCGGACUACAUCCCCACCCAGCAGGACGUGCUGCGGACGCGUGUGAAGACUACGGGUAUCGUGGAAACCCACUUCACCUUCAAGGACCUCCACUUCAAGAUGUUUGACGUGGGUGGCCAGCGGUCCGAGAGGAAGAAGUGGAUCCACUGUUUUGAAGGAGUCACGGCCAUUAUCUUCUGCGUGGCGCUCAGUGCGUACGACCUCAUGCUGGCCGAGGAUGAGGAGAUGAACCGCAUGCACGAGAGCAUGAAGCUGUUUGACUCCAUCUGCAACAACAAGUGGUUCACGGAGACCUCCAUCAUCCUCUUCCUCAACAAGAAGGACCUGUUUGAGGAGAAGAUCCCCCGUAGCCCGCUGUCCAUCUGCUACCCAGAAUACGGAGGGGCCAACAAGUAUGAUGAGGCGGCCAGCUAUAUCCAGACCAAGUUCGAGGACCUGAACAAGAAGAAGGACACCAAGGAGAUCUACACCCACUUCACCUGCGCCACCGACACCAAGAACGUGCAGUUCGUGUUCGACGCCGUCACCGACGUCAUCAUCAAGAACAACCUGAAGGACUGUGGACUUUUCUAGAAGCCGUGGGAUCACGCCGCCCUGUGAUGUCAUCGUUCUGGGGGAGUGGGGGGUCGGGGUUUGAUCACUGGGUGGGAACAGUGACACGCGUCACUCACUAACUGUUUGAUUAUUUUCAAUGCGUUCCUUUUGUCACUUUGCGUCAUAAUGUUACCGGUUCUUUUGAGACUUUUUAUCGAUAGAUAAUUUUACCGGCCGUGCGAUCUUUUUCCGAAAUAUGUAGACAGGGUUUUUAAUUACAUUUGUUUAUGGGAUAUAAUUAACGCGCUGUAUACGAGUAGGAAAUAGAAAAAAACGAUCAUGUUUUGCAGACGUAUGAAUAUAAAAUGGAGCUCAAUCAGUAUGCCUUCCAUAACACUGGUUUCCAACGCUACCACAGAAACAAAAGGCCAUUUCUUCUUUUGCUUUAAUAUUGUUUAGGUUUUUGAUAUUUUGUACUCUUCUUUUUCAACCUUAUUUUAUUUUUUAUUUCGACCACAUGCUAGAGCUAGACAACCAGUAAAUUGUCCCUGAUAAGCAUGGAUUUACUUUGUCUGGAUUUAUUGAAAGAUUUGGAUGAACCAAACAUAUUUUGGAGAUUGUCAAAAUCCAACAGCAUUGGGGGAAACGUGUUUUAAGGGUAAGGGUUUACAUACAGUCUCUACUAUACAGUCCAUGCUUCACUAGCCUGUACGUCACACUAAUUGAUUAACAUUCCAUUGAUAAAUCGUCUUAAUGACAAAGGACUAAUAUGUACACACUUAUAAAUACACACGUACAUCGCCAUUUAAGGAAGUGCGCAAGGUUUUUCAAAAGCCAAUGUUUCCUCCUAAAAUGAAAUGUUUUUUUGUUUUGUAUGUUGCCUUGUUAUCUGUUUGCGGUAUGGAGCUGUGGCCUGCGGUCUAGUAUGAACUAGGGCUAUUUCUGCUGAUAGUCAGUUCACUUGACAAAUACGCUUAUCACUAUACUAGGAAGCAUAUCAAAUCUAUUCCACUGUCAUGAAAUAAAUCAUGUUUUGGUAGGCCUU